UGCGCAGUAAAGCUUAAAGUCUGACGGUCACUGCGCAGAUACAUUGGCGUAGAAUCUUGAGGUAGGGGCACUUUGUAUUUGGUGUCAGGAAGCUAUGGAGUAAAGUUUGCUUUUUAUUUUCAUACAUUGCUCAUUAUUCGCAAGUGAAUCACGUGACCGUGAAUAAUUAUGAAAUGACAGAUAAGUGAGUAAAUGUUGAUGAAAUUACAAAAUUUAAAACGUUUAAUUAAUUGACAAGUGGAAAAAAAUUCUUAUGUUUCUGUCAUUCGAUUUUUUUUCAAUUAUUCAGUUGAGAAAUUUUAUGUAAAUUAAAGAAUUAUUUAAAUAAUCAUUAAUCAGCAGGAAUCAUAUUAUAUGUUUUUUUUCAACCACUAGCGAUAAAGCUUAGACACGUGACCAUUGAUAAUUGUUUUCAAUGCGUGAAAAAUAUCCAUACUCUAUAGUAGCAUUUUGUGUCAUUAUUUACACAUGAGUGUACAUUUCUUAGUAAUUAUAAUUAAAUCGAAUGAAAUAUUUGAUUAAAUCAACAUGAAAAUUGCGUGUUAUUAAUUCCAAAGAAUGAAAAAGAGUAUUGAAAUUUGGUUAAAAUGCCAAAAAUGUCGAAACGUUGGGGAAGUGACUAUGUUGUCACUGAACAUCGAGAUUUACAGGCUAAUACAAUGGCUCUAGAUGCUACUGGUACUUAUGUUUUGUUAGCUGGACGAAGAUAUUUAGCUAUUAAACAGUUAGAUGAAGAAUGUGAUGUGCUAAGAAAAUUUCCUAGACAAAGCAAGUAUGAAGUUGGAUCGGCCGAAUGGAAUCCUACGCUUUCUAACUAUCAUUGCUGUGCAAUAUCAAGCAACACAAGGAUAGAAAUUUUAAGUUUCGUUGGAGGAAGUAAUCAGGAAUUACAAAUGAUUCACAGUUUAAAAGCACACACCAGAGUUGUUAGCGAUUUAAAUUGGCAUCCUAAAGAGUCUGAUAUUAUAGCUUCUUGUAGUAUCGAUACUUUCAUUCAUAUUUGGGAUCUCCGAGAUGCCCGUAGACCUUCAUUAUCAUUGUCAGCAGUUGCUGGAUCGUCUCAAGUCAGAUGGAAUCCAUUAUCUCCUCAUAUACUAGCAACAGCACAUGAUGGUGAUGUCAAAAUAUGGGAUCAAAGAAAAGGGAAUAGUCCUGUUCAAUAUAUAGCUGCUCAUUUAACGAAAAUUUAUGGCCUAGACUGGUGCCCAUUUCAACAAAAUCAAUUAGCUACCUCUAGUCAAGAUUGUACAGUUAAAGUUUUUGAUAUUGGUAAUCCAAGAAAAGCCGAAAGUAUUUUAACAACCAACUCACCUGUUUGGAGAGCUAGAUAUACGCCUUUUGGAGAAGGUUUAGUAACGAUAGUUGUUCCACAACUUCGUCGAGGAGAAAACAGCCUUCUUUUAUGGAAUAUUGCUAAUCUUAGUUCACCAAUCUACACUUUUGUAGGUCAUACAGAUGUUGUUUUAGAUUUUCAGUGGAGACAUCCAAAGUUAGAUAGUAAUGAUUAUGAGCUAAUAACUUGGUCAAAAGAUCAAUGCCUAAGAAUAUUUAAAAUUGAUCCUUUUUUAAAAAAAUUAUGCGGCCAUGAUAUGGAUGAUGCUACCUCCGUCUACACACAGUAUUCUGAAGAUACCACUUUGCGAGCACUACAAUCAGCUCAAGACAUUCAGUUAAAUGAUUCCCAUAAUGAUAAUGAAAUAAAUUACUCGGUAUCUACAUUAGAUGUUCCAGUUAUUCCUAAUGAAAUAUCUACAAAUUCUGAAAUUGAAAAAGAAGUUCCAUCGCCAACACAACCAAAGACUCUUCAGCAAGAAUUUUCAUUAAUCAAUAUGAAUAUUCCAAACAUAGAAGUAAACUCGAUGGAUGCUGCUGAAAGAAGUUGCACUGUUACAGCUCGUAACAAAAAUUACAAUGUCAUAUUAAAAGUCAAUUUUCCAGGAAAUUAUCCAUAUAGUGCUCUACCUACUUUUCAAUUUUGUUCCGGAACUACAGUAGAUAAUACAACAAUGGCAAAAUUAUUAAGAGUCUUGAAACAAACAGCACAACAAAGAGUACGAAAAAAUCGAUCAUGUUUAGAACCUUGUUUAAGACAGUUAAUAAUAACUCUAGAACAAACAUGUGUUGCUGAUGAAAGUGAACCAAAUCAUUUAGAUUAUCAUAUUCAGUCAAAUGCAGAUUUUUUAAAUUCUACCAACAUUUGUCAUAAUUAUCAAGAUACAUACAUUCCAUUCCCGCGAACAUCAGGAGCUAAAUUUUGUAGUGUAGGAAUACUCGUUUGUUUCGGCAGAUCAACUUUCAACAGACGAUCAUCAGUGAUUAAAUCUGAUGGGACGACACCGAGAGCUCUUUCUGCCUUAGGUAAUGGUAUUGGAAAUGGUGGGCCAUUUAUGAGUAUUUACUCCAGUCCAUAUAGUCAAUCUGGAGAUACGAUAUCUAUCAGCUCAUUCUAUUUUCCUGAUCGGAAAUCAUCGAGAAGAAAUAUACACAGUUCAAGUCGAACUCAAAAUCAAACUCAAAAUUGUUUCAAUAAAGAAUAUUAUUCAAUAGUCACCGUCUAUGAUGCAUCAUCAUUAUUUUUUGUAAAUAAAGAGCUUGCUGAAAAAUACGUGAUCAAUAUUGAUGAUAUUCCAGCAAUGUGUCAAUUCAAUGCAAAUGUUGCCGCAUCACUCAAUCGUCCAGAUCUGGUUCAAGCUUGGUGUCUAGCUGCUCUUGUCGUAUCGUCACCUUCAUCUAAUGCAUCACAAAAUUAUUGUCAGACUCAAGAUAUUAUUUCUCCUUGGCCACUUCAUCCAUUCGGACAGAAACUUAUACAUUCUAUAAUUCAGCAUUACGUCAAUCAAUCAGAUAUUCAAAUGGCUGGCAUGCUAAGUUGUGUGUUUAAUAAUCGUUCAGAAAAUCAUGAUGGAAAUCAGGGAUACAGCAAAUCAGUAAACGUUAGCAGACAAUUCACUGGGAAGUGGUGGUUAAAGCCUGGUGGAUCUCCAUACCAUACGAUUCAUCCAACGGAUACUCAUUUAGAAGGCUGGAAUCUUCAAAAUUUAAAACAGAAUCGAUCAAAUUCUUGGUCUGAAUCUCUAGAUGAUUUGAAAAUUAUUCAAGAUAAUGUAGGUGAUACCGGAAAAAAUAUGAAAUUAUUAGAUGAAAAUAAUACUCUACUCUACGAUAAUUACAAAAAAGCAUAUGCUGAAGUAUUACAUAGAUGGAAGCUUCUUGAUGCAAGAGCACAAAUUUUAAAACACGUCAGUGUGACACAUCUCGAUAUUCAAAAAGAUGUUGAAUUCCAAAGUGAAUGUCAUAUUUGUAUGAAAGUUAAUCGAGGUCCACAGUGUACGAGUUGCAAAAGACUGGCUUUUCAAUGUGUUAUUUGUCAUAUUUCUGUUAGAGGUCAUAGCACUUUUUGUAUAGUUUGUGGUCAUGGAGGACAUACUCAGCAUUUAGCUUCUUGGUUUAUGAAUAAAAAAGUUUGUCCAACAGGCUGUGGCUGUUAUUGUCUUCAGGAGAGUACUAGUUUUUUAAAGCUAUAAAAAUUAUAAGACUGUUGACAAAUGUGUAUAUAAAUAUAUAUUAUACACAUUGUUGUUAUUGUAUUACAAAGAAUAAAUGUUGAUACAAUUAUUUUAAAUACAUUA